GUUCGCAGACGGAGGGAGGGUGGGUUUAUGGUUUAUGGCUUUUCUCCUCCUCCUCCAUCGUCAUCUUCAUCAUCUUCUUCUCCUUCUUCUUCUUCUUCUCGAAGUGAGCCGAAAGCUCAGUCUUUGCUGAUUGCCCAGUGCUCCCUCUCGCAUCUUCCAUAGCUACGACGCGCCAUUUUCAUCUCUUCCUUUCCUCUCUCGUCUGUUGAAUUGACAUAACCCACCAAUGCUUCUCAGCCUAAGCCCCUGCGCCUCCUCCACCGCUCGACCGCGGCCCAACUUCGCGUUCGCCGACGCUCCCGCCUCCGUGUCCCCAUGUCCGACAGUCCAUUUCCCGACCCGGGUUCGCGCGAAUCCGAGGUCGACGACCCAUGUCGCUAAGGCAAGCAGAGGGUCGAAGCCCGGUGCCCGGAAUUUGCAGACAGAGGAGGAAGAAGGGGGAGGAAUGGUAAUUGAUUUUGGCGAAGAGAAGGGCGAAGAAACGAAUGGGUUCUCGUCGAGCGGUGGUGGGUUUCGAGGGAGGGAAGAGGAAGAGAAGAAGUAUGAUCGAGACCCCGAGUUCGCUGAAAUCCUCGGGAGCUGUCUCGACGAUCCCCAGAAGGCUCGUUCUAAAAUGGAGGAGAGACUGAGGAAGAAAAGGAACAAGAUAUUGCAUGCCAAGACUGGUUCAGCUGAACCGAUGAAAGUGAAAUUCAACAAAUUUGAUUUUUCAAAUUCGUACAUUUGGUUUGAAUUCUACAAUGCUCUGUUGCCAAAAGAUGUCUCCUUAAUAUGUGAUACAAUUCGAUCAUGGCACAUUGUCGGACGUCUGGGUGGUUGCAAUUCCAUGAAUAUGCAACUAUCACAAUCUCCCCUGGAUAAAAGACCGAACUAUGAUACCAUUCAAGGGGCCAAUGCGACACCAACCACAUUUUAUAACAUCGGGGACCUUGAGAUUCAAGACAACUUGGCCCGUAUAUGGGUCGAUAUUGGCACGAGUGAACCAUUGCUUCUGGAUGUCUUGAUAAAUGCACUGACACAAAUAAGCUCCGAUUAUGUUGGGAUCAAGCAACUGGUGUUCGGUGGAUCAGAAUUCGAGAGUUGGAAGGAGAAUCUGACUUCAGAGGACAUGGGUUAUAGUGUUCACAAAAUUUAGCCGACUCACUGUAUUAUCAGGGAAAUUAUCUUAAAUUGGUAGACCAGGCUCUCCCUUUCUUUCUAAAGAUGGGUUUGUUGCGGUGAAGAAGAGGGUCUCUUUAGUUUGCAAUCGCAACAAAAAUCAAGGUUAAGAAGUGCAGGUAAAACAGCAGGAUCUCCGACAGCUUGGAUUGACGCUUGGAUCGACACGUGACUUGGGGCUCAGGAAUGUAUAGAGUCUUGCAUCUUAUUUUUUAGUAGAGUGGCGGGUACUUUAUUGACAACGCCAGCGGGCAAAUGAAAGACAUCAUCAUAUAUUCUCUCACA